AUGUCUACUCGGGCAGCGGCAAAGAAACACGACUUGUGUCAUGUUUCUUUAGGACGGUUCAAAAAUAAAAAUGAGGCACUAGAGGCACUGGGUGCAGAGAAAAACAAUAAUUCAGUUUCCAUGGGUUAUAGAGCCUGGAACAAAGUUUUUACCCAAGAGCAGGAACAGAUUAUGGAAGAUUAUAUCUUGAAGGCAGCCAACAUUUAUUAUGGUUUUUGCCCUAAAGAAAUUAGAAGGUUUGCAUAUGAAUUAGCCGACAAAUAUAAGUUAGCAAUGCCACCCCAGUGGAAAGAUAAGCAGAUGGCUUCAGAGGACUGGUUCAGCAGAUUUAUGAAACGACAUCCACAGCUCUCGUUACAGUGCGCACAACCAACUAGUUUAUCUCGUGCGACCAGUUUUAACGAAGCCAAUGUUAAUUGUUUUUUUAAUAAUCUGGAAAAAGUUAUGGACAAAUACAAAUUCAAACCUAAAGACAUAUACAACGUGGAUGAGACGGGCAUCACCACAGUCCAAAAACCAAAUAGAAUUGUGACUAAAAAGGGAACACGACAAGUGGGAGCAUUGACAUCCGCCGAGCGUGGAACAUUGGUCACUAACCUACCUGCGUGGUAA